GCGCCCGCACCGCCUCUCGCUGCAGCGCGGGGAGCGCCGCUCCGGGCGGGGCGGGAGCUGCAGCCGGAACCCGCCGCCGCGGAGAGCCGAGGACCGGGCCGCCACAGCGAGGCUGCAGCGGGGGAUCGGGGCUGCCGCCCGGCUCCGGAGCCGCGGACUCGCCGGGGCGCCCGGGCGGCGUGCGGGGCGCUGUGCGCGGCGGCGCGGGCGCGGGGCGGCGGGGAGCGCGAGCAGAGCGGCCGGCAUCGGGGGCUCCGUGUGCGUGCGCGCGGGUGUGCCUGUGUGCGUGCGUGUUUCCCUCUCCCCGGAGGACGAGAAGGGCUUCGCAGCUCGCGGUUCUCUUAGGAUUCUUGACUUCCCGGAGCUCUGGGCUGGGGGCACAACCCGCCCACGUAAUCCGGUUUGUGAGAUCGGUUCGCAUCUGGAGCAAAAAAGCGCAACCGGACGGGGGUGGGGCAGACACACGGAACCUGGAAAUACGCACACGCUCAUCCCCGAAAGAAACAAUGAACGAUCUGGGAAGAUUUUCAUAACCUUACAGCGGGUCCUUCCAUUUUUCCCCCCUGUGGAUUCUGGAUUUUUCCCCCCUGCCUUUCGAAGUCAUCUUGGCAUUUAUUUUUUUGUGAGCUGCUCUCCAGCUACGUGUGUGUGUGUGUGUGUGUGUGUGUGUGUGUGUGUGUGCCUAUCUGAUGCAUUUGACUGUCUUUUAUCCAACUGCCCAGAAGCAAAUGUGUUAACUCGGCUUGCCCUCCGGGCUCAGGCUCUCGGAGAGGGCGGAGGACUCUCAGACCCAUUUUCCUGCUGGAUUCCGGGCGGCUACCUGGCUGGGAACCUAUGUGUGUGGAUCUUUUUACCCAGAUGCUUGGAAAGCGCCGGCAUUAACCCGCUUUCGGGUACAUCACAAGGUCAACAGAGGGUCCCGCAGCCCUCUUGUUUCUGUGCAUCCAGACCUUCCUGUCUUGGCCAGAAGGAUAUGGACGUUUUGGACCACAUCAUUUGAAGCCAAAAGUUCAGCCCUUCCUGCUGGUUCUGAUUUCUGUGCAAACAAGGUAACAAGGAUAGCUUUUAAAACUGCCUAACAAAAUCCCCGACUCUUCCUCAACCCUCCCUCGGCUCCCUCCUCCCCGUCAAAAUGUCACCAGCUCUUGAAUUGUGUGGAUUUGGGGUGGAGGAGAACUUGAAGGAAACAUGAUCUCCCAGCUAUGGCAGUGUCAGACCGCUCUCUUUGCCGCCCUUGGUCCGGUGGGCAUCCAAGCCGAUCGAUCGUGAGAAGGGCCUGUCCCCUCCUCGUCGCCCCCUCCCCGUGUUGUGCUGGGUGUGCGUGUGCAAGUGUGAAUGUGUGAAUGCGAGUGCGCGCGCGCCUCGGUGAGAGUGUGUGUGUGCUUCUGAGCGUGUAUGUCUGAGUGUGCGUGAGCGGCCGCCCUGGCUCUGCCCGCUCCCCGGGCGCAGGAACGUGGGUUUCAUGGGGCGAUCGCAGCGGAUUCCCCACCCAGCGCGACCUGCAGGCAGCGGCAUCGGCGGCAGAAGCCAUCUCUUGGACUCCCUAGGAUGCAGGUGCUGAGCUAUGGCAAAGGGCAGCCGGAGUGAGGAGAGAGACCCGCGGGGGACUGUGAAAGCCACCUGGAGCCACCUUGCCGGAAUCGUACCUGCAGGCAGAAAGUCCUCCUCCUAAGGUCUUCUCCUCUAGAGGCAUCAGAGUCCCUGUAACCAUUCAGCCAGGUGUUGGGAAGCCAUGCAGUAGCUGAGCACCCUUCCUUCUGACACCAGCCUCAGACUCAGUUUUGGAGAUGCUUUCACCCUGUCGGUCUGCAGCAGCCAGGCAGAGUGCUGACUCCUUCCCAGCAGUGAGGAACUCUUCAGGCUCCAGAAGCUCUUAAAUCUGAUCUACAAUGGAAAAAUUCCUUUUUUAUCUGUUUUUCAUUGGCAUAGCAGUGAGAGCUCAGAUCUGUCCAAAGCGUUGUGUCUGUCAAAUUUUGUCUCCUAAUCUUGCAACCCUUUGUGCCAAGAAAGGGCUUUUAUUUGUUCCACCAAACAUUGACAGAAGAACUGUGGAACUGCGCUUGGCAGACAAUUUUGUUACAAAUAUUAAAAGGAAAGAUUUUGCCAAUAUGACCAGCUUGGUGGACCUGACUCUAUCCAGGAAUACAAUAAGUUUUAUUACACCGCAUGCUUUUGCUGACUUACGAAAUCUGAGGGCAUUGCAUUUGAAUAGCAACAGAUUAACUAAAAUUACAAAUGAUAUGUUCAGUGGGCUUUCCAAUCUCCAUCAUUUGAUACUGAACAACAAUCAGCUGACUUUAAUUUCAUCUACAGCAUUCGAUGAUGUCUUUGCCCUUGAAGAGCUGGAUCUGUCCUAUAAUAAUUUAGAAACAAUCCCUUGGGAUGCUGUUGAGAAGAUGGUUAGCUUGCACACCCUUAGUUUGGAUCACAAUAUGAUUGAUAACAUUCCCAAGGGGACUUUCUCCCACUUGCACAAGAUGACGCGGCUAGAUGUAACAUCAAAUAAAUUGCAGAAGCUACCACCUGACCCUCUCUUCCAGCGAGCUCAGGUACUAGCGACCUCAGGAAUCAUAAACCCGUCUACGUUUGCAUUAAGUUUUGGUGGCAACCCUUUGCACUGCAAUUGUGAAUUGUUGUGGUUGAGACGUCUGUCCAGAGAAGAUGACCUAGAGACUUGUGCUUCUCCAGCACUUUUAACUGGUCGCUAUUUUUGGUCAAUUCCUGAGGAAGAGUUUUUGUGUGAGCCUCCUCUCAUUACUCGCCAUACACAUGAGAUGAGAGUCCUGGAGGGUCAAAGGGCAACCCUGAGAUGCAAAGCCAGGGGAGACCCUGAACCUGCAAUCCACUGGAUUUCUCCUGAAGGGAAGCUGAUUUCAAAUGCAACAAGAUCUCUGGUGUAUGAUAAUGGAACACUGGACAUCAUGAUAACAACUGUAAAGGAUACGGGUGCUUUUACCUGCAUAGCUUCCAAUCCUGCGGGGGAAGCCACACAAACAGUGGAGCUUCACAUAAUUAAGCUCCCUCACUUACUGAACAGUACAAACCACAUCCAUGAGCCUGAUCCUGGUUCUUCAGAUAUUUCAACUUCUACUAAGUCAGGUUCUAAUGCAAGCACUAGUAAUGGUGACACUAAAAUGAGUCAAGAUAAAAUUGUGGUGGCAGAAGCAACGUCAUCUACUGCAUUACUUAAGUUUAAUUUUCAAAGAAAUAUUCCUGGAAUACGUAUGUUUCAAAUCCAGUACAAUGGUACUUAUGAUGACACCCUUGUUUACAGAAUGAUACCUCCUACGAGCAAAACUUUUCUUGUCAAUAACCUGGCUGCUGGAACUAUGUAUGACUUGUGUGUCUUGGCAAUAUACGAUGAUGGCAUCACUUCUCUCACUGCCACAAGAGUCGUGGGUUGCAUCCAGUUUACUACAGAACAGGAUUACGUGCGAUGCCAUUUCAUGCAAUCCCAAUUUUUGGGAGGCACCAUGAUUAUUAUUAUUGGUGGAAUAAUUGUAGCAUCCGUGCUGGUUUUCAUCAUCAUUCUAAUGAUCCGGUAUAAGGUUUGUAACAAUAAUGGCCAACACAAGGUCACCAAGGUCAGCAAUGUCUACUCUCAAACAAAUGGGGCUCAAAUGCAAGGCUGCAGUGUGACGCUGCCCCAGUCCAUGUCCAAGCAAGCUGUGGGGCAUGAAGAGAGUGCUCCGUGUUGUAAAGUUGGCAGUGACAGUGUGAUACAAUCUUCAGAAGUUUGUUCGAGUCAGGACUCCUCUACCACUACCUCUGCUUUGCCUCCUACCUGGACUUCAAGCACUUCUGUGUCCCAAAAGCAGAAAAGAAAGACAGGCACAAAGCCAAGUACCGAACCGCAGAAUGAAGCUGUCACAAAUGUUGAGUCCCAAAACACUAACAGGAACAACUCUACUGCAUUGCAGUUAGCUAGUCGACCUCCUGAUUCUGUCACAGAGGGGCCCGCAUCUAAAAGAGCACAUUCAAAGCCAAAUGCUUUGCUGUCUAAUAUUGACCAGAUUGUCCAGGAAACACAGAGGCUGGAGUUAAUCUGAAGAGCAUCACUUCUCUCUCCUGAAAAAAUGUUGCCACUGAUAUUUUUACUGGAUAAAAUUAAAAAAAAAAAGUUUCAAUUCACAAAGGCUAAUUGUUGAACUGAUGUCCUAUAAGAAAUUGUCCACAGGAGCUGAAGCAGAAGUCUCUGAUGUCGGUGCAGCUGGCUCUAUCAGAUCACUGUUCAUCUCUUUUAAAACCAAAUUGUUUUUCUUCUGGCCCACAACUAUUUUUUUUUAAGAAGGAAAGAAAUAAGCCUAUAUUGGGCAUCGAGUUCUGUAUCAAUCCAUGUCACAUUGCCAUCCAUGAUUUAAGACUGUAGAAUCUUGAAUAAUCUAUACCACUUUAAUGAAUAAAUGUUUUACUAUGACAGAA